CCGUCUCAGACUGCGCCUUUUGCUCGGGUCUUAGAGGGGGGCGCGGAGCAGGGGAGGGGCUUCCUUCGAUUCGCUCGCCGCAGAGUGGGGUACGCGAGCCCACUCCCCGCGCCGCCUUGGGGCUGCUCAGCCGCCGCCCGCUCGCCCUCAACAUGAUCAAAGCGAUCCUCAUUUUCAACAACCAUGGGAAGCCGCGGCUUUCCAAAUUCUACCAGCGCUAUAGUGAAGAUAUACAACAACAGAUUAUCAGAGAAACAUUCCAUUUAGUAUCAAAACGUGAUGAAAAUGUUUGUAAUUUCUUAGAAGGAGGCUUAUUAAUAGGUGGAUCUGACAACAAACUGAUAUAUCGCCAUUAUGCUACAUUGUACUUUGUCUUCUGUGUUGAUUCUUCAGAAAGUGAACUUGGAAUUUUAGAUCUAAUACAAGUUUUUGUAGAAACUUUAGACAAGUGUUUUGAGAAUGUCUGUGAACUGGAUUUAAUUUUCCAUGUGGACAAGGUUCAUAAUAUCCUGGCUGAAAUGGUGAUGGGCGGAAUGGUUUUGGAGACCAACAUGAAUGAAAUUGUCACCCAAAUUGAUGCUCAAAAUAAACUGGAAAAAUCUGAGCUAUUUUCUAGCUACAGAGCAGUGCAGCACUGGCUGAGAAGCACAGACAUUUGCAUACCUAUGCUGCAUGGCCAUAUGCUGGUGCAAAAACUUAAUAAAGGCUGGUUUAGCAGGAGCCCCAGCCCGGGCUGUGUCAGCUGUAAAGAAUAUGAAUCUUCCUGAGAUCCCAAGAAAUAUUAAUAUUGGUGACAUCAGUAUAAAAGUGCCAAACUUGCCCUCUUUUAAAUAAUUUGUGCACUCCAGGUAAAAAUGAAAAAUAACUAGCUGAUCACAAAUGUUUACCAAACCAAUGUUUUGUUAAUUGAAUAAAAGACCGACAUAAUCCAUAUAAACCUUCUGUAGUAAAACUGUGAAACUGUUCUGCUUAGCAAAUAUAAAGAAGUGGCUCUUUUGUGAUUUCUAAAUAAUACUACAAUGUCCUUUUAAAGCAUAUCAAAUCUAAAGCAUAUAAUUUUCUGGAAAGGUAAUUCAAAGUAUUUAUUUUCUUUGUAUAACUUUUUUUUGUAUACACUAAGCUCUAUACUAUAACUAGUACAGCAGUCUGAUUAUAUUUCUUUGUCUGAUGUGUUGCAUGACAACAUUCAACUGUAUUUUCUCUUGCUUUUUGAAUAAAUUACCAUGACUGUAUUUGAA